UAAACAACUUUUAAUUAAUUGCAUCCUAACUUAAAAAUUGAAUAUGUGCGAAGCUAUGUUCGAUCGUCUCGGCUAACUACUGUGGAACACUCGGAAAAGUGAUUUUUACUUAAUAUGCUAGGAACAAAAGAAAAAUAUUUGAUGUGAACCUUAGUUGUCUUUGAUUCGGUAAUCUUGGAGAGUAGCGAAACGAACGAUACCUGGCAUAAAUCAUUAGCUUGCAUAAUAAAUAGGAGAUAGUAAUGCAAUCAACGAUGUUUGGUUUUUGCCUUCACAGUAAAUUCUUCUGCGAAAUAGAGUAGCUCAAAUAAAGUAAGCAUACAUACGUUGAGUCAUUCUCUGACCCUUUUGUUCUAAUUAUAUAUACCUUUUAUGAAACUUUGUGCCAUUUUACGUCAUAAUUAGUUUUGCUUACUGGGUUUCAUUUCAGUUAGGGUUGCAGUUGGCGCACUCUCGCUUAUACAAUCGCUUUUAGUCGUUUUCGCGAGAUGCGGCCAGUGACGAGUCAGCCAAGCCAGCAAGGCAGCUAAGAAAUCAGUCAGCCAACGGAACUAGUGAGCCGAGUCGACGCCGUUAUAGUGUGCAAAAAACCAGAGCAGGCAAAAAAGUGCCCAAAUCGUGUACGAACUGAAUUAAGAGAAUAACACGCAAGAUGGAACAUCGUAUGAGGCUAGCCGCUGUAAAACGACGACAGCAGCAACAUCAGCGAACGCAAAGAAAAUGUAAACAGGCAACACAAAAGCGAUUUAGAGCCGUGUUCUUUUGGCUGUGUUGGUAAACAAUUUUCGCGCUGCUAUCUUUGGUCGUUUAGUUUUGAUUUUGUAUAACGUUUUUUGCUAUAUUUGUGUUUGUGUGCGUGAGUUGCGACGGACGUGCGUUAUCGGCUGUUGUCGCGACGCUGCGUCGCGCUGCAAAGCAACGCUCUGCUGUAUAUUUAUAUCUUACCCGAGCCUUUCAGUCUUUGGAGACUUGACCAUGAUUCAUUCUAUUCUCCACUGCUUGUUCCUUCGUAAAUAAAGUCGAACCGCAGAGCAAACGAAAGCGAAAAUUAACAGCUAACAAAGUUGACAACAAGCCUAUUCAAUUCUACAGCUGCAACUAGAGCGUUCGUUGCUUGUGUUGGGGGUUUUCCAACGUCUCCAGUUCGCUGCAAACGAAUUUGGAUUUCUUUGUGCGCAUAUAAAUAUAGUUAUACAUACAUGUAUAUACAUGUAAAAGUGUGUGCAAGUGCCGAGUAGUUGUACUAAUGUGUGAGUGCGUGCGUAUUUGGUGAGCGAUCGUUUAUGGCUGACUGGCUGGCCGUCUGCUCAUCCGCAUGCCCUCUCUUUCUGCUCCUUGUUUUUCGCUAUUGCUAUUGUGGGUUCUUUGCUGCGCGACUUGGGAUCGACUGCUGCUUCGGCUUGAAGCGUGAUUUGUUGUUAUUACAAUGACGAUUGUCGCGCUCAGCCCUAGGCGGCAGUGUGUUAAAUGAAUGCGCCUGCUGUUGUUGUAGUUGUAAUUCUCAUAUAUUGAGUACAUUUGGUUAGCAUUCUUGUUAUAUUUGUGUAGUCGACACGCUGAUUUUGGCUUUAGCGCUGUCGUAGUCGCAGCCGUCUUGGGUUGUUUGUGUGCUCAACUCGGCCUGGGCUCGGGUGGAUGGUUGGUUGAUUAGUGUUUUGCCUGGAUUUUAUUAGUUGGUUUUUAAACUUGGUUGUGAGAGGGUAGUGAAAAAUGAAAAUCGGCCAUUAUAAACAUAGUAGUCAGAACGCAUAAAGAAAGCAGAAAGCCAGCAAAUAAGAAAGCAUUGAACUGCGCAGCUGGAAAAGUGAGUGAAUGAGGAGGAAUUUGUAAGACAGACGUUGAAGUGGAGUGAGGUAACGAAUGAAAGUGCAUAGACCUCGUAGUGCUUACGGAACACGUUAUUUAGAACUUGGAGUGGUCCACAUAAAAAGAAUUAGCUGAAAAUUAACUCAGUUUAUUAAAAAAAAAUUGAACUGUCGAACAGUGUACUACACUUGAACGCAAACUUACAAAAAUUGCAGUGAAAUAUUUCGUGAAAAGCUUUGUGGAUGGAUGCGCUGAGAGCUAGCCUCGCUUUUGCCAAUCCACUGGACGCAUACUCAGCUAGAAGCGCAACAAAUACAAGAACGCCCAAAAAGUCAAACACUUCGGCAUCCUCAUUGCGAUCAUCGCCAGCUUCCUCACCAAGUGCUUCCCCCAAAUCUGUCAAUACAACAGCAAACAUUGUGCCGCUUUUGCCCACACACUCCUCAGGCGGUUCAUCGUGCUCUUCACGGUCCAGAUUACGCGUAGCAACCCCCGACUCGGAUACGACUGGCGCUGGUGCUGGUGGUGGUGAAAUGAGUGUGAGUGGUGGAAGUCAAAUUGGCGCAGCGUUGGAUAUGAAGACAAAGGGCUCAGCAGCCUCCUCUGUGGCUCCCGUCACCGCUGCCGUUGAGCUAUUGCAUGCGGCGCCAACUUCUCAGAUUCAGUCGCAGAAAAUAAAAAAAUUGGUUCGCCGUAAUGCCUCCGACAAGUUGCGCCUCAUCCAAAUGGUUCAUGACAAUCCGAUACUUUGGGACUCGCGUCUGCCCAAUUUUAAGGGUGCCGAAGAAGAGAAGAAUCGCGCUUGGGAAAUGAUUGGCAAGGAGUUCAAUGCGCCCGGGCGGCGUGUGGCGCGCGCCUUCAAAUCUCUGCGUGAAUCGUAUCGUCGCGAGUUGGCGCAUGUCAAAUUGAUGGGUAACGGUUUUAAGCCAAAGUGGAGUCUGUAUGAAGCAAUGGAUUUCUUGCGCGAUGUCAUCAGAGAGAGAAAAGGCGGUUCGCACGCAGCUGAACAGGCGGCCAUUGGCCUUAAUUUGAGCGCUUUCUCGCAGCACUUAAAUAAUAACAACAACAACAGCAAGUCUGUAAUGAAACUCAAUGCAUUGCAUUCGGCUUUCAACGAGAGUGCACUGAAUUUGUCGAAAUGCGCACCAGGCCUGAACAUGAGUCACGAAGACUACUAUUAUUAUGUGAAAUCAGAAAUGGAUCUGUCAGCGGCGCAUGCGGGUAGCAACGGCAUUGGUGGUAGUGGUGGCAAUGCAGCAGUGCCCAUACAUCCACUGCCGGCGCACCAAACACAACAUCAGCAGCAACAACAAUUACACAGCGUUGCGCAUGACAGCCGCGUCUCGUCCACGCGCAAUGACAGCACCACGCAGCACAGCAACACUUUCGACGAUCUUGAUGCAUCAUCAGUACGCAGCGGCGACGAAGCCUCCAUACGUAAUGCGGAAAUGAGCAAUCAAGGUUCCGACGAGGUGGAGGAGCUAGAAGCCAUAGAUGCCGAUUUUCCCUAUCCCCUCAUUCUCGACGCAAAUUCGCCGCGUUCCAUGAGCGCAGCAGGCGGCAAUGGCAACAUUGGUGGCAGUGGCGCAUUGAAACGUAAACGACGUGACCUCAACGGUGACGGCAUGGACGACGGUGCUGCGGAUGAUGAAGACGACUACGAGGGCCAGAUGAUGCAGCAGCAUCGUCAUUUGCGCCAACAAAAUGGCAGCAUGAGCGGCGGUGGUGGCGGUGUCAUGAAUAGCUGUAUACUGGAUAUGCCGCCGCCACAGACGGUGCGCGAGGUGUUGAACUCCAAAUUUUGUGGCUUCAUUUCGGCAAAACUCAAUAGCAUGGAAGACACGGAGGCGGAUAAUUUAAUGAACAAAAUACUCAUGUUGUUGGUGCAGACGCAAACAAGCGAAGCCAAAUAGGCGCUGGACUGUGAUACAAGUAUUGGAUAGCAGCGUGUAGCAAAUAUGAUACCAACUACAUACUACAAAUGUACGUGGGUGUGAGUAUGUAGCAGUGGUGCAACGAACACUAUGUUUAUGUGACUUUCACGGGUUCUUGGAGCACUCAGCAAGUAGUAUGUGGCAGACAAUGUCAACAUUUUUCUAAGACAUUUCCAAACAAAUUUUGAAAUUAUUGCAAAAGCCAUAUUUUUUAGUUUUAUAAAUGCUUGUAUGCAUAUGUUACUCUUACAUAUAUUCUGCUUUGGUGUAUGUGUUUUUUUGUAUAAAUAUUAUAUAUGUAUUAUUUCAUAAUGCUUAUAAUUUUAAGUUUAUAUUGUUACUAUCGCAUUAGCUCUCUAUUUAAAUGCUCAAAAUGAAGAAAUUAAAAGCGAUCGACAAACCUAAUUUUAUAAAUUGGCUGAAACACAAUUUGCUCAAAAUGCCAUAUUGAAAUUUUUGUUUAUUUUUUUAUUCAAACAAAUAAAAUAAAUAAAUAAUAUAAUUAUUUUUAUUAUAAAUUAUUUUAAGCACUAAAGUAAACUCAAACUAAAAUCAAAAUAUUAGUUGAAGGUCUGAAUAAAUAAAAUAUCAAACUAUUAGUUUGCUCGAUUAUUAUUUAUUUACAUAUUCCUAUAGUUAAGAUUUUUAUUGUUUUUUAUUAUUAUAUUUUCAGUUUUGGGUAAGUUUCAGAACCUGCCUAAUCAAAUGGUUGGUGAAAUGGCUAACACAUUGCAAAUAUAAACAUAUUUGGAAAAAAUAAAAUUAAAUUUUCAAACACUUUUAUAAAUAGCUCAUGAUUCAAUUCAUUUAUCCGAUUUCCAGGAAUUAUUAUAUUGUUUAACUUUAUAUGUUCUCGAAAUUUAAAUUAGAAACCACGGUUAUGAACAAACUUAAACCAAAUUAAGGCGAAGAUUUCGAAAAUAAAAUAAAAUCGAUUUCAUAAAUUGUUUAUUAUUAAAUAAAGUAAUUGUUGUGAGAAGAAGUUCAUAUUUAUAAUUUUAAAAUGAAAAUAUUUCUGAAUAUCAGUUUUUGUAACAGAUAUUUUAAAAUUUGAUACAAAUUGUUUUUAGAUUGUAACAUUUGAUAUUAAAACAUUUAUUUUUAACAAUUGAUUAUUAUUCGUUUGUUUUAUGAUUUAAAUAUAUUUUUUCGUUUUACUUAAAUUUGUAAAAUUUAAUAUCCUAAACGAAGAAGCGGAGAACAAAUACAAAAUAAAUAAAUAAAUGAAUGAACUUAACAAAACACUAAAAUUAAUAAAAACAUCAACUUAAGACAAUAAAAUUUUCUAAAUUUAACAAUAUAAAGAUUGAGAAAAAUUUUAGUAGCUACCUAUAGUUAUAACUACUAACUAACUUAAAGUACUAAACCUGAAACACAAAAUAUUUAAAAAAAAAAUAAAUAAAAACACAGAAUAAAUAUGGGAAUAUGUAAGUAACAACAAUAUGCAAAAAGCAAUUUACAAAAUUUAUUAAUUUAAAGUUUGAGUAAAAAUUUAUAGGAACUAUUUUUAUAAUUUUUGCCAAAAAAAUUUUUUAUAUGUUACCAAAUGAAUGCGAAAUUAUAAGUUAAACAAGUUUAAAUAUUUUGUAACCAUAAAAUUUUCGAACUAUCAUAAAAAUAUAUGUCACGUAUAAUUAUUUUUUAAACUUAACUUAAUUACAAAAAUUCUAAAUAUGCUACAAAAAUAUUAAUGUCAGAGUUCCAAUAACAGAAUUUAUUGAACACAAAAAAUCUUUCAAAAAAUGUUCAGCGUUCCUUAAAGCAAUUCAAAUGGCUGGAAAGCCGAAUGUUAUAAAAUAUUAAUUAUAAACGUACACAAAUUUACUUUGACUGUACUUUAAAACAACGCUUGCGCCAAAGAGAGACUUCAGAAAAUGUGAACUGCAAUAUAACCUUGCACUGUUUUCUACAAAAAUUGAGGUUUUAUAUGCUCUAAUGCCAAAUACUUGCAAUACCAAAUUGAACAAACAAACAAAAAAAAAACACCACAUAAACCAAAUAUGAGGUUCAUUAUU